GAGAAUUUUGUUGAAAGAAAAAGUAGAGAGAAAAAGAGUGGCGAAGAGAGAUUUGAAUUCUCGUCCAAGAGAAGAGAAGAGAAGAGAAGAGAAGAGGAGAGAGAGAGAGAGAGAUGGCAGGGCCGGUCAAAGAGGUAGCUGCGCCCACCGCGGUGAAGACGACGGCCCUGAACUGUAUCAGUCUAUCGGAUCCUGAUAUCAACAAAUCCGUUUCCCUCCUCAAACAGGCUUGCUUAGAUUCUGGAUUCUUCUAUGUGGUUGAUCAUGGAAUUAGCCAGGAAUUUAUGGAUGAAGUUUUCUUUCAGAGUAAGAAAUUUUUUGAUCUGCCUUUACCUGAGAAAAUGAAGCUGCUUCGGAAUGAAAAACAUCGGGGUUAUACUCCUCCUCUAGAUGAGCUUUUGGAUCCUGAAAACCAAGUUCAUGGUGAUUACAAAGAAGGAUAUUACAUUGGUGUUGAAGUACCCGAAGAUGAUCCUCAAGCAGAAAAACCCUUUUUUGGUCCAAAUCAGUGGCCUUCAAAACAUAUUUUACCUGGAUGGAGGCGGGUUAUGGAGCAAUACCACCAAGAGGCCUUGAGGGUAUCCCGGUCAAUUGCUAAGAUCAUAGCUCUUGCACUUGAUCUAGAUGCUGAUUUCUUUGAUAAACCAGAAAUGCUUGGUGAUCCCAUUGCAACAUUAAGGCUUCUUCACUAUGAACGUGAUAAAGCUUCUAAUCCCGUCAAGGGGAUUUAUGGAUGUGGAGCACAUUCUGAUUAUGGUUUAAUUACUCUCUUGGCCACGGAUGAUGUAGUUGGCCUUCAGAUAUGCAAGGAUAAGGAUGCCCGACCUCAGAUAUGGGAAUAUGUUGCUCCUUUGAAAGGAGGCUUCAUUGUCAAUCUUGGUGACAUGCUUGAGCGGUGGAGUAAUGGUGUUUUCAGGUCUACACUGCACCGUGUCAUUGUUGAUGGACAAGAACGUUAUUCUAUGGCAUAUUUUGUGGAGCCAAGCCAUGAGUGUCUUGUGAAGUGUUUGCCAUCUUGCACUUCUGAGACUAACCCGCCCAAGUACCCCCCUGUAACCUGUGCUGCAUAUUUGAGGCAGAGAUACAAAGAUACACAUCUUGAUCUAACCUCAUAUCAUGAAAAUCAAACAAGAGAAGAAAAGACAUAAUUAAGUUUUUAGGAAGGAAGUCAAAGCACUUCAAAGUAUUGAUGAAGGGUGGCAAAAGGAACAGUUCUUCUAGAAUUACCUGCACCUGAUAACAUAUGAAGCAAAUUCAGAUUUGCAGACUCACAGUGAAAUGAAAUAUUUCAAACUUCAGUAUUUUGGAAAUGUCAAUUUUCAUUAUUGUAUACUGUUUGUAAACAAAAUUUUUUUUAAUUAAAUAUGUCACUGUAUUUCACU